AUGGAGAUGGGAAUGAGCAUCUCCAGGAAAGAAUCAGAAUUGCCGAUGAAAAGAAAGAGAAAGAAGGUUGACCUGUUUAUGUUUCUUCCAGAUGACAUCCUUUUAGAUAUCCUUAAAAGGCUCCCUGAUGAUUUCCCUCGUUAUUUGGCUAAGUAUGUGUGUAGACGAUGGUUUAAUAUAAUGACUAACAGAAUCUUGCUACACGAUACUUCUUUUAUUAUCCUCCAGAAGACGGGAAACUUAACAGCACGUUAUGUGGGUAUACGAGAAGAAGAACAAGGGAUACACGUCAUGAAAGUGCAGGAUCUUGACACACCUCCCAUAGGCAUUAUAAGAUCUUGGGUUAACGAGUUUCUUCUAAUAUCAGAUUAUAAAAAACAAUCUCUGUAUGUUUAUAAUCUAAUCACCAAGGAAGGAUCAUAUCUUCCCGAACGUAAUAUUGCAUCAUGUGGAGGUUAUUGUACGAUCAAAUGUGGAGUUGCACUUUCUUUCAAUCUUUUCAAGGGAAUGUACAAAGUGGUUCACUUGUUUAUGGGACCACCUAUCGAAUGUCAUAUUCUUAUCUUGGGAAGAGAUAUUGUUUCAUCAAAGUGGAAAAAGAUCCAUGUUCCAUGCAUGAAUGGAGGGUCGUUUUAUUCUUCUAACCUGGUUUCAGUUCAGGGUAGGUACAUUCACUGGGAUAAUUGCAUUGAUAAUAGCCUUGUUUCCAUGGAUAUGGUGAAAGAGGAGAUUGUUGAUAUGAGUGUACCCAAUUAUGAUAAGGGAUUCGGAUUUGUGUAUACUAUUUUUGAGAUGGGUGGUUACCUGGCUUUCUUUGUUGAAAAUAGUAGGGACAAAGCUGAUAUAUGGAUUCUUAAAGAUUUUGAGAGGAAGAAGUGGGAGAAGUUGCAAUCAAUUACUCUCAAGAUGUCGUACUACAGUAGAUUGUCAGUUAGUAUUCUCGACAGAUGGUGCUACAACAGAUUUCCCCUCUGUGGCGUAAUGAGUAAAAGAUCUAGAUAUAUCAUCCUGGAAUGUAAAAGCAAUAAUAAGGGUAUGUGCUAUUAUGAUUUGAAAAAUGGAGCCAUGAAAGAGCUAGACAUCCACAUUAACGUUGAUGAUGGAUGCGUGGUUCUUUCAUCACCAAGUACCAGAUAA